CGCGAUUUCUUGCCUUGCAAUGAUAGUAAACGGCCGCCAUUUUCGUGGAGUAAGAGGUGAAGGAAACUGAAAAAAGUCUAGCUAACGUGAAUUAUUUUACCUUUAUAUAAUUCAGUUUCUUACAAGACGUAGCCUCCAAUUUAUCCUAUCUUAAGCAAACUGACGGAAAAGAAAUAUAGUGUUCUAAUCCGCCAAAACCACGAUCCUGCUUUUCUAUAGGUACCGUUGGGCCUUUUUGGGGGGUUUUCGGCAUACAUUGCAAGUUGCUGUUGGAAAAAAGCACAUUUGUUUCCCUUGUUUAAUCUUUUUUACCGCUCGGAAGGGGCUUUGCCCUGAAAGCGUUUUUGUAGAGCUGAUCAGUUUCUAAAAUGAUAAUAGAAAACCUUGAUGCACUGAAGUCUUGGCUUUCAAAGACCCUCGAACCUAUAUGUGAUGCUGAUCCAUCUGCCCUAGCUAAAUAUGUUGUUGCCUUAGUGAAAAAGGAUAAAACGGAGAAAGAACUGAAAGCACUAUGCAUCGACCAGUUGGAUGUAUUUCUUCAAAAAGAAACCCAUACCUUUGUAGAUAAACUUUUCGAAGCUGUGAAUACAAAGAGUUAUCUACCUCAAUAUGAGCAGCCAUCGUCAACUGUACGAACAGAGGCUCAUCAACGGCCAGAAAAAGAUGACCUAAAAAAAGAAGAGCUAAGCAAAGAUGAAGAACGAGAAAAGAAAUUCUCAAGAAGAUUAAAUCACAGCCCACAGCAAUCCAGCUCACGGUACAGAGACAACAGAACCAGAGAUGAUCGUAAAAAAGAUGAUCGCUCACGCAAAAGGGAUUAUGACCGAAAUCCUUCAAGGCGGGAUUCAUACAGGGAUCGGUAUACACGGAGGCGAGGACGCAGUCGCAGCUACAGCAGGAGCCGCAGCCGGAGCUGGAGUAAGGAUCGGCCCCGUGACAGAGACAGGGAGAGAAGCAGGACGAGAUCUAGAAGCCAAAGCAGAACAAGAAGCAGAGAAAGAGACACUGGGAAAUUGAAGUAUGAGCAUGACAGAACUGAAAGAACAGAGCCUUCAGAAAACAACUAUACUCCGGGAACUUUAGUGUCAAAUGUUUCUUCUAGCCAUUUCCCUGUCCCGACACUAAGCAGUACCAUUACUGUCAUAGCGCCAACUCACCACGGCAACAGCACCACAGAAAGCUGGUCAGAGUUUCAUGAAGAUCAGCUGGAUCAUGGUUCAUAUGUAAGAGGACCUCCACAAAGAAAACGCUGUCGAGACUAUGAUGAAAAGGGUUUCUGCAUGAGAGGCGAUAUGUGUCCUUUUGACCAUGGCAGUGAUCCAGUUGUUGUAGAAGAUGUGAAUCUGCCAGGCAUUCUUCCCUUUCAAGGACAGCCCCCUCCUGUUGUUGAAGGUCCUCCCCCACCUGGCCUACCUCCUCCACCCCCACUCAUGACACCACCUGUGAAUUUGAGGCCACCAGUGCCCCCACCGGGUCCUUUACCUCCCAGUCUUCCACCUGUAGCAGGUCCUCCACCUCCUCUCCCACCUCUCCAGCCUUCUGGAAUGGAUGCCCCACCAAACUCCAUGACAAGUUCAGUACCUACAAUUGUCACAUCGGGGAUUCAUCAUCCUCCUCAGACUCAACCUCCUCUUUUUACUUCAGAAACAUAUGAAACUGAUGUAUAUAAUCCUGAAGCACCAAGCAUAACCAGCACUUCAAGACCCGUUUAUAGACACAGAGUUCAUGCCCAAAGACCAAACUUAAUAGGCCUGACACUGGGUGAAGUGGAUCUUCCACAUCGAGAAAAACCUAACAGUAACAACAUGAGAAUUGUUGUUGAAUCAGAGUCCAGAAAAAGAACAUCAGCUUCAUUAGAUGGUGGCAUUCCUCCAAAGAAACCUUGGUUUGACAAGCAAAAUUUCAAUAAGUGUAAUAACCAAGGAUUUCAAAAGAAGAUACCAUUUGGGUCUGAAAAUGCUAAGCUGGAAGUAAGAAAAAUUCCCUUGGAGCUUAAUAAUAUCAGCAAGCUUAAUGAGCACUUCAGUAAAUUUGGAACCAUUGUUAACCUUCAGGUUGCUUAUCAGAAUGACCCAGAAGGUGCUUUAAUACAGUUUUUAACACAUGAAGAAGCCAAAAGAGCUAUUUCAAGCACCGAAGCUGUGCUUAAUAAUCGCUUUAUCAAAGUUUUCUGGCAUCGAGAAGAUGCUGCAACAAAAACACAGCUUCCAUCACAGGGACUUCAGUCCUCAUCUCACCUACCUGCUGUGACAGCCUUGAAGCAGUCUGUUAAAGAUCGUCUGGGUCCUAUACCAACAACUAACGCAGAGCCAUCACAGACCCAGGAUCCUAGUACAGUUUCUUCUCAGAAUGUCACAAAACUGUCAGUGAAAGAAAGAUUGGGGUUUUCUUCAAAGCCAACAUCCGUUACAACAGGAAAGGUGUUAUCAACUUCUACUGGGCUUACAAAAACUGUUUACAACCCUGCUGCCCUAAAAGCUGCUCAGAAAACGUUGCCAUUUGUGAACACCAUCAGUACAGAGGAAGCUGUAAAGAAAAAACAGGAAGCUUUAAGGCUCCAGCAAGAUGUUAGAAAGAAGAAGCAGGAAAUACUGGAAAAAAACAUUGAAACACAAAAGAUGUUAAUAUCAAAAAUAGAGAAGAACAAAUCCAUGAAACCUGAAGACAAGGCUCAAAUUAUGGAGACAUUGGCAACAAUGACUAAAAAUAUAACUAAACUAAAUGAUGAAAUAAAAGCAAUUUCAAGUGGCGUUCCUCAGAAAACUUUAAAAACCAAGGCUCAGACACAGAAGGAGCUCCUGGAUACUGAACUGGAUUUAUAUAAGAAAAUGCAGGCUGGAGAAGAUAUUGCACCACUAAGAAAGAAAUACACACAACUUCAGCUAGAGGCUGCCAAAAGGGGAAUUUUGUCCUCGGGGCGUGGAAGGGGGGUCCAUUCCAGAGGACGUGGUGCCCUAAGGAGCCGUGGCAGAGGAAUUCGUGGCAGGGGCAGAGGGGCACCGAUUCAUGCUGUAGUGGACCACCGACCAAGAGCUUUAGAGAUUUCUGGUUUUACAGAAUCUGACAGGGUAGACUUACUCCCACAUUUUGCAGAUGCCAGCCUUGAUGAGGAUAUUCCUGGUAGAAUAGGGAAGUUAAAGCAAUUUGGUGAGAUUGAAGACUGUCAGAUUGAUGACUCAUCUGUUAAUGCUGUCAUUACCUACAAGACAAGAGCAGAAGCAGAAAUUGCUGCCAUUCAUGGAGCUAAGUUUAAUAAUCAGGAUCUUAAACUAGCAUGGCACAAACCUGCUGCUGUUCUUACAACUGCUGAACCUGAGGAAGUGGAACCUGAUGAAGAGGAAUUUCAGGAGGAAUCCUUAGUAGAUGAUACAUUGCUGCAAGAUGAUGAUGAAGAGGAUGAUGACAAUGAACCACGGUCUUGGCGAAGAUGAAUUAGUCAUAGACACUCAUCUACAUCAGAUGGCAUUCUUGUUUUCUUUGAAAUAGUUUUUAAAAGCUAGUAAAGUUUGAUUAGAAAUUAACAUUUAAUACAAUUUUGCAAAGAAAGUACUGCUAAGAGGUACAUGUUUAUUAGUUUUGUUUGAAACAGUUGUAAAUAAUGAGAUGUAACUAUGUAUACUAUGUAUAUUAGCCUUUUGGUUGUUGGUUUUGUGUACAUAUUUUAUGUAAGGUUUUAAUGAAUAUUAUGACUGCUUUGCUUAAAUCCUUUUUUGGCUUUAUUAUGUAAAAAUAAAGAAAUGGUCUGUAAUACAAUGCAAAAAAAUGAAAAAAGCAAUAACAAAAAAAGAAAAAAGAAUAAAAGACCAUUUCAAAACCCCCACCCCCCAUUCUCCUAAAAAGAGCAAAACUCCAUUCUCCAACGCGUUUGAAUUUGACAUCGUAUUUAUUAAGGUAAGGAUUGUAAAGCAUAUCUUCAAGAAUAAAACAUGCAUCAUAUAAGGAAAUGUUAAACAUUGUCCAUAUCUAGAUCAGCUUUAUUAGAACAAAAAACAGCAUUCACAUAGACUUGUUUCUUGUUUUUCAUAAUGUUUAUUCAAAUUGAAUUAACUUUUUAUAGUAAUAGGCAUUUUAUGGUUAUGUCUAAAGUAUUUCUUGGAAAGUAACUCAAAUAGUUUCCAUAAUGAAAUCAAUUGGAAGGUUAAUAGUGAAUGUGAAUAAAUAUUUAAAACUAGUGCUAAACUCCUUUGGAACAUUCUUUUGGAUCUGUUACACUUUUUAGUACCAGUUUUAAAUAGAGGUAGCAGUUUACCAGCAUUAACUUCUGGAGUAUAAAAGGUACACUUAUUGUUGAUUGAAGUUCAUAUUUCCUUCUUUUAUCUGUAGUAAAAUUAAAUCUUAUUAAUGUUUUGGUUUAUAGGUCAGCAGUCUAGUUCUUUGGAAAUGUUGGACGCAGAACAAUAUACCUUGAUGCAAGAUUUUUAGAGGACAUCAGUACUUGGAUCCAAAUAUGCCCGGCCAUACAAAGACAACUCUUGAUGAAGGAAAAAAUGCAUGAAUUAUAAAUAUUUUAUAAACUUAGAUGAGACAGCUUUUUGAAGACUUUAUUUUUUUAAAGACAAACGGUUACUCAGGUUGCAGGAAUAUUCAUGCUCCUAGUACCAUUAGUGAAAUGGUCAAGUAGUCUCACCUUUUUAUAUAGAACUGUACUGCUUGGUAAUGUUAUAUAUUUUACAGUUUAUAUUCUGAGCUCUAAUGAAGGCUGUUUUAGAAAUAUUCAUGACUAUUGCUUUGACUAGUGCUGUGCUUUUAAACUACUUGUUUUAGUUAAAUUUGGGUAACUUGUUUUAUUUUGUUUUAAUACCACAUUAUUCAGAUGUAAUAGUAUCAGUCUUUGACAAUCAUAUCUUCAUACUGAGACUCCAUUAAUGCAAUUUUUUUUUACAUUAAUUUCCCUUUUCAAAAUUGUGGCUUUGCCCUUAAAAAGACAUCACAAUCAUUUUUGACAACUAGCUUAGGUAAUUUUCCUGUUACAGUAAGUGCUUUAGUGAACAUUAGAAAUUUAAACAUUAAUCUUCCUGGGCCCAAUUUCACAAUUUUUAAGAGAAAAGUCAAAAUCAGCUCAUUGGCUUAUAAAACUACAGCUCACAACUGUGGGUUGUGGCUGUUAUGUUUACUUUUGACAGGUAGUUGUAGGGGGAAGGUAAGGUUGAGAUCUCAGAUCUGUUUAUGAGCUUUACAGCAGUGUUCAUAUUUAUCCAUCAGUGUUCACUCCAUUUAAUCUGGGCUCCUCAGCUGUGCCGACUACAGCUCCUGUUGUGACUGAUCGGCCUGCAUGAGUGCUCCCAGCAUCUCCCAUCACAUCACAUUUGCAUAAAACAGGACAGAUAACCAAAUCAGAGCUCAGAAAUGAAAAUGCUCAGCACCAAGCCUGUCACAGUUGUUGUUCAACUAAUUGUGAAAAAUUUGAUUUGCUUGCUUUUUAUUGUUUAUCGUUAAGGUUCCCUCCCAAAUUUGCCUUAACUGAUACUUCUCUGCAUGUGGCUUUUAAACACAAAGUACCAUUGGUCCUCCCUUGGGAUUACUUACCCAGCCCACCAGCUUUUAAUGUUGGUUCAUCUACUUGGUUAAAUUAGGCUUACACUGCAAGCAAAUACACAAUUAAGAAAAUGAAAGGGACAAUGCAGUUUGCAGGUAAAAUCAUAAGCCCAAACAAAAGUUUAAACAAAUUAUCUUUCAAGAAACCCAUUGAUGAAAUCCUUUUAAUGUAAUAUGUAUUAGUUGUAUUUUUUUCCCUAGCUGAAGAGCUCUGAAUCACUUCUGAAUUGUUUAUGAAUUUUACUGAAUGUUUACCAAAGGUAUUAAAUCAGAAUAAUGUAACUGAGUGCCUUCUGGACUCUUGUACAAUUAGUGUUUAUCAGCCAUGUGCAUGUUUAGAAAAUAAAAAUUGGACUAAAGUGUUUCAUUCACUGUCCUUCAUUUUGAAAAAGCACUAUUUUAGAGAAUGUCAGAGCAGUGCAAAUGAAAGUUGUCAUUUCCAACGUUCUGUCUUUGAAGUGAGAAUCUAAAUACUUGGAGAAGGACAGUUUUACUUAAUAAUGAGUAACAGAAUUAUCAUUUUAAGUACAUGUAUUUAGGCUAUAACAUGACAGUCUGGAAAAUCAUUUUAUAGAAACCAUUGGUUCAGUGGGAAUUAAAGAGUAGAGAGCUUGGAUCCACAAUAACAAAGGUAUUUUUUUCUUUAGUAUUCUGUUAUAAGUUUGAAUGUUUUACUUGUGUUUAAUGUUUUUGUGAUAAUAUAAAAUAGAAAACUUAAAAAAUAGAUAUGACAGUAUGCAUCAGUAUUUACAUUACUGUACAAUGAAAAAUUCUGCAGUGGAGAACUGAUUUCUCAAACUGUUUUUAGCACACUAAGCCCAGAUGUGUAAAUAUUUUUUUCUCUCAUAUUGCUUUAUAGCAUCAAGGUUUUGUACCAGAGUAACAGCUUUCCUCCACCACAUGCACCAGCAGAACACUUCAUAUUCUUGCCGCUUUGUAACAGCAAUAUUCAAAUCACUGUUUCCAAAAAAUGAAAACAUAGUAGCUGUGCACGCUUACACAGCUGUGCAGGUUGGACAAAGACCGAUGCCAAUGCAUGAGAGAAUACAUCAGCAUCCCAAACGUGUGGUGCAGCACUGAUACUGCCGUGAAACCAUUUUUUCUUUACACGUGUGACUAGUUCCGUUAUACCCGGGUAACAUUACAACCAACAAGCGCCUGCAUUAUAGAAAAAAUGUUCCUUAAUAUUAUCGCCAUUCUGCUAACACGUUAACAGAAAUGACUUUUACAAGGUACAAGGCCUAUAAAAGCAGAAGUAGAAGUAUUUUUCAUACCUUAAGCCAGCAUUUAGUUAUUUGCGAAUCCAAGUCAAUGAAAAAAAAUUGACUUUGUUAUUGAAGACUCUGAAGGCUUAUACUUUAUGCAAUGGCCCAUACAGGCCUUACUGCCCACACAUGGUAGCCGAACUCCCCGUUAAUUGAUUUGAAAUAGGUAUUUCCAUUUUUUAUUUAUUUGUAGAUUGACCUAAUACUGAUCACUGAUUUGCUCAAUUAAUUACACCACCAGCUGGAGGAUUCAGCCCUUAUCUGGAGUUGUCUAUCAACCAUUUCUCAUUUCGGAGCACGUGCAAUAAUGUUAAAUGCCUGGUGCUUACAGUUUAUUAAUUAUUUUAAGGAACUUUAUCAGACUUCUGAAAAUGUAAUACACCAUUGUGUGCUCUAGGUGUCAAUUACUGUUGUUGCUUAUUCCUAAAACUAAGCAAGACCAACCAUUUCUAGAAACAGAUUGAAUGCACUGGGGUACUGUUACAAUAUAGAUCAUCCUUAGAACUAAACUAGUUAGCUGUCAUCAUGUCUCACUCUAGCUCAUUCUAAUUGUUUCAGAACGGAUCUUGGUUUCAUCACAAAUUUCUUGCAGGUGUGUGUUAUCUUCUUGGCUUCUUACCUCUUGGUAUAAGCACCUUUUUUAUAGGCUAAUGACCCAUUUCACCAAUGUUUUCCUCUCAUUGUCACUUUAAUAUAUUUUCUCUAUGAUAUUAUCAACUCUGGAUUGUGAUAACUCACAUUUUUUUGUAUGUCUAUUACAAAGAAUGUGUAUUUCAUAAGCAAAAGAUAGUACAGGCAGCAAACAUAUGACAAAAACUUUUCUUUGAGAUGCAAUGACGGUUUCUUAUUGGAAUCAAGCUGUAACUUUAUUUAAGAUUGAUGUCAAAAACCUUAACUUGUCAAUAACCUUGAGAGAUGUCUGGUUAAGCAUCAUCCUUGUUCAUUUUAUAUUUUGAUUGAUUCUUGUUACUUUUUAAAUUGAUUGUUGUAUACUAUGUAUGUAUGUCUUACAAAGAAUACCUGUCAGAGUAUUGGUAUGUUUUAAAAACAAGCAAUCACUAUGAAUUAUGAUAACUGUGAAAUGGUGAAAACAAAUAUUAGUUUGUAUACCAUAUAAAGGUAUGUGAAAGUUU